CGCGUAGCCGGAAAAGAUGUCGGACUUGCCCCCUCGGAACAAACCAGCUGGUGACGUUACUCAGUUGGCGUCGCUGGCAACCGAACAGCCUAGUCCCCAUACAGGCACCAACAUCCUUCCUCCACAACACUGGGCACAAUUAACGGACGAACUCGAUGAGCAAGAUGAUGCGGACUCGACUUUGACCGAUAAUCUCAGCUCAACCGCGUCCCUGGCUUCUAGCAUCCUCCAAUACAGGACGAUCAACGGCAGAGCGUAUCAUAGUGACUGUGGAAAUGGAGAUUAUUGGGGUCCUAUCGAUGACGUCUCACGGGAAGCAAUGGAUAUCAACCAUCAUGUACUCACCCUCUUGCUGGGGGGCAAGCUCUACCUAGCGCCGCUACCGAAAAACAUACAGACGGCCGUGGAUAUUGGAACCGGGACAGGCAUCUGGGCAAUUGAUUUUGCAGAUGAGUUUCCAAACGCCUCAGUCGUUGGGACUGAUCUCUCGCCCAUUCAACCUAGCUGGGUUCCGCCAAAUCUCCAGUUCCAAAUCGAUGACUGCACAAAGGAGUGGACAUUUGAGAACAAUUCUCUCGAUUACGUCCAUACACGUUGGCUUGUCGGCAGCAUCGAGGACUGGACAGCCCUGUUCAAAGAAGCAUACAGAAGCUUGAAACCAGGAGGCUAUCUUGAGAGCUAUGAGCCGUCAUCUCGUCUCGAGAGCGAUGACGGAACAGUUCUUGAGACAAGCGCUGCAAGCCAAUGGGGAAAGUUUUUUGAGGAGGGAGGGCGCAUGCUACGCCGGCCGUUCACGGUUUUCGAAGACGGCAUACAGAAGAAGGCCAUGCAGGAAGCUGGAUUCGUCGAUAUCGAAGAAAAGGAUUUGAAGAAUCCCGUUGGUCGGUGGCCUCAAGAUCCAACGCUUCGGGAGAUUGGUUCGUACAUGCAGCUUGCUCUUGAACAGGAUGCGGAGGGUACCGUGCUCUUCAUGGCCACGAUGUUAGGUUGGACGAAGGAGGAGAUUACUGUGUUUCUUGCCCACUUCCGGCGUGAAAUUCGCUCCAAGGAGGUCCACUCGUUUUUCUGGCAGAGGGUAGUCUGGGGCCGGAAACCUGCAGAGUAGACUACAGGCACCUCGUCAUCCCUUUCUUUUUCUGUCUGUCACAAGUGGUGGCGUAUAAGUGCCCACUUCCACGGGAAGUUAUCACCUCGAUUUGCCGGAUGACCCAGCCACCUGAGGGGCCUUGAUUUUGGUGGUAUCAAGACUGAUCAGCCUCGCUGAAUGAUCUGGGUAACGUUUUAUUGCUGACAGCUACCAUGACUUGAGCGUACCUGGCUACAUUGCCCAUGUG